GCUACCGCAAGAAAGGAAGCACAAGACCUUCACGAACAAAUUAAAAACACUAGGAAGAAAACCAAUGACUGUAGUAUUCGGGAUAUGGAUGUGAAAGAAGUUGCUCCAUUAAAAAUCAGAGAACGUAGAGUACUCAAAGGACACACAGCAAAGAUAUAUAGUUUGGCAUGGGCCAAGGAUUCUACGCACUUGUUGAGUGCCAGUCAAGAUGGUAAAUUACUGAUUUGGGAUGCAGUGAAGAAUUUAAAGGUUCACGCCAUUCCAUUGCGAUCUCAUUGGGUUAUGUGUUGUGAUUAUAGUCCGUCAGGUAAUGCUGUUGCAGCUGGUGGUUUGGAUAAUAUUUGCUCAAUUUAUACAAUUUCAUCAUUAACUCAAGCUCAAAGUAUAAAUGAUAUUAAACCACAUAGAGAAUUAUCUGGACAUUCUGGAUAUUUGAGUAGUUGUAAAUUCUUGAAUGAUAGACACAUUUUAUCUAGCUCAGGAGAUUCUACUUGUAUAUUGUGGGAUACUGAGAUGGGACAUCCAAUCAGUCGUUUUGAGGAACAUACUGGUGAUUGUAUGUCCAUUUCAAUUUCACCAACAGGAGAGAAUAAUUUAUUUAUCAGUGGAGCUUGUGACGGAAACUCAAAGUUGUGGGAUAUUCGUAUGAAUAAGUGUGUUGCCACAUUCACUGGACAUGAAGGUGAUAUCAAUUCAGUUCAAUUUUUCCCUAAUGGAAAUGCCUUUGCCACUGGUUCUGAUGAUUGUACUUGUAGAUUGUUCGACCUUCGUGCUUCACGUGAGGUUAUGACCUAUUCAGAUGAUAAUGUCAGAGAAGGUGUCACUAGUAUUAGUUUCAGCAAAUCUGGACGUGUUUUAUUUGCUGCCUAUGAGUACAAGAAAGUUAUUGCUUGGGAUACUUUGAAAGGUAAGCCACUCCAAGUACUUGAAGGUCUUCCAAAUGGUCACGAUAAUCGUGUCAGUUGUUUGGCUGUUUCUCCUGAUGGCCACUCACUUGCCACAGGUUCAUGGGACAUGACUCUCAAGAUUUUUGCUUAAAUUAUUUACACACCCCAACAAUAUUUAAUCUUCAUUCACACCAACAUUAAUUUUGUAAAUUUCUAGCCCUAAAAUAUCUAGAUAUUUUCAUAACACACGCUCAAUAAUUGUCAAUAUAAAUUCACUAAUUUUC